AUGUUCCAUGGAUUGCCAAGUGAAGACCCCAUUGACCACCUUGAUGAGUUUGAUAGGCUUUGUGAUUUGACAAAGAUCAAUGGUGUCUCUGAAGAUGCCAUCAAGCUGAGACUCUUUCCUAUGUCUCUAGCUGACAAAGCUCACCAAUGGGAGAAGAGCUUGCCCCAUGGCACAAUCACCACUUGGGAUGAAUGCAAGAAGGCCUUUCUUGCUAAGUUUUUCUCCACCGGUCGCACAGCCAAGCUUAGAGGAGAGAUAUCCAGCUUCAUCCAGCGAAACAAUGAGACAUUCGCAGAGGCUUGGGAGAGGUUCAAAGGCUACACAAGUCAGUGCCCACACCAUGGAUUCAACAAUGAAUCACUACUCUCCACUCUUUAUAGAGGAUGCUUGCCUAGGUAUAGGGAGAUGCUAGACACAGCUAGCAAUGGGAACUUCCUCAACCAGGAUGUAGAUGAUGGCUGGCAACUUGUGGAGAACAUAGCUAACUCAAAUGGAAGCUAUGGAGAAGAGUAUGAUCGCACCAACCGGAGCUCGACCCACCACUCGAUCGAGUCAGACGAAAAGUUGAGAAAAGAUGUUAAGGCAUUGAAUGAGAAGUUGGAUAAGCUGAUCCUAGCUCAGUCCACAAUGAAGAAAGUCAACUUUGUGUCUGCUGAGGAGAUGGAACCAGUCCAAGAAGGGGAGGAUACACAAUUUGCUGAGGUGUGCUACAUGAGCAAUGGGCAAGGAGGUUACAACAAAGGAUACUAUAACUACAAGUCCAACCCUGCCAUGUCAUACCGCAACACUGAUGUUGCUAACCCUCAGGACCAAGUAUAUCCUCAACAACAAGCAGCUCGAUCGAGUCAAGGUGCCACAACAUGGCAACUACUUCAAGGGCAAGCUGAUGGGGUAGUGGACACAAGCAAGAAGCUAGCUGAAAUAAACUCUAAGAUCGAGAACCUCAACACAAGGGUUUACUCUCUGGAGAAUCAUGCUUCUUCUGUUGCUGCUGCUACAAAGCAAGGACAACUACCUGGUAAAGCUAUUCAGAACCCCAAGGAACAGUGCAAGGUCAUCUUCACUCAAGAAGGACUUGUUGAAGAAGAGGAUCAAGAAAGGGUCAUUGAAGAUUUUUGUUUACUGCUGAAUGAUGAAGAGAUUGUUGCUGCUGAGGCUCCUGGAGUCCAGAUUGAUCAACCAGAAGUGCAUGCACCUACUGUGGCCAUUCACACUUCACCAGUUGAGCUCGCACGACAAGCUCGAUCGGCAGCUCGAUCGAGUCCAACUCUAGCUCGAUCGAGUCCGACCUCUUCUGUCCCAACCUGUUUUGCUUGA